AAAAAUCGAAUACAUUUCGUUACACGAGGUGAUAUAAUUUUUGACACACCUGACUUACCUGAAUGCAAUUUACAGGUGAGAGGAGAAGAGAAGCGCCACCUUCGUUGACACACAAAAUAGUCAUCCGCCAUGAUGGCGACAGAUCGAGUGAUUGGAGUGCUCCUAUUUUUCGCCUCUGUACUGGCGAUCGGUAACUGCAUCCAGUGCUACCAGUGUGACAGCAAUGAGGACAUUUCCUGCCCCGGCGACCGCCGCUUCGACACCAGCGUCAACGCCAUGGUGGACUGCAACAGCUUCGAGGCGUACGUGCCCGGACAAUUCUGCAUGAAGAUUUAUCAGGAAAGCCCCGGAUAUGGAGGUUGGAAGAAAAUCACAAGACGCUGUGGUUCCAGAACAGAUUUUGGUGUCGCCUGGGGCUGCCGAUGGAGCUGGGACUACACGGGAGUGUUCAGGGAAACAUGUUACUGUGAAGACAAAGAUGGCUGCAACGGUUCCUCACGUGUCCAUACUAGCCUCGUUCUGGCUGUCAUCUGCUUUCUUGCCGUCAAACUUAAACUGUUAUUCAUCUAGCGCUACAUUGAUCUGAACCCGUACGACAAACACAGUUCAUAGGUGCAACAUUUCACUUUUCGCCUCAUCAGAAUCAUUCUUAAAUCGAGAUAUAAUCAAUCUUAAAUCCAGCUAUGCAAUAGAGAACUGCAAACACUACAAUUUGGAAAUAAUUAUGUCUUUUCUCAAAUAAUGAACAAAUGAGUAACGGUACACGAUUAGCUGUUUCACAAUUUCUUAUUGAGAAUGAAAGUAAGUGGGGAAGAAUCGGAACAAGGUGAAAUGUUCGUUAUUUCGGUAAUUUGUGUAUCCCGUAAGACAGUCAUAAUAUAGACUACCUCUGUCGCAUCUGUUAGGCAAAUUAACAAAUGAUUCUGUCCAUCAGUUAAAAACGAGCUUUGUGUACAUACGAACUGUACAUAUGCACUUUUAUACGUAACUUUGUAUAUAUUUUUAGCUUUUGAACCCUAUGUUAUGUGUUAUUGUUGGCAAUAACACCACCAUGAUCAGACAUAUCAUCUGUAUAAUAAUUUUUAUACUGUUCUAUUUCAUAUUGUAUAAAUAUUAGUUAAAACGUCGCCUAUAUUUAAGACGUUUUAUACCCCUUUGUGUAGAACCCAGAAUCGUCAUGAUUAUAACCAAGGCCUCAUAAUCUCGGAUUAAACGUCUCUUGACUUAACGACUUGCAUUGACGUUCAAGGAUAGUCCUAAUGUAAAUUAUGUAACGCAUAGCUUUCCGUUCAGUCUAAGCAAUAUGUACUGAUAUGGUGAACUAUAUCGAGCUCUAACAUGUUUCUACUGAUUCGAACAUUUGUUUGUACAUCUCUAACAAAAUGACACCAGUUGUAAUAAGAGCCAUAAGUAAAUACCCGUGUUUUCAAUCAGAUUAAUGUUUUGUAACAGAUUUAUUUGGAUUGCUUUCUGAUGCUUUGAGGACUAGUAUACAUGAUUUGUAAAUAUUUUUACCAGAAUAAUAAUACUUUUCUUUAAAUAAACCAUAUAUUUUUUGAAAA